CAUCUUCACCUCCAUGCAUUAUUACUAAAUCCUUCCGUUUCUUCCUCCCCUUCUCUCCCCCCACCCAUCUCUCCCUCUCUCGAUGGCGGAAAAACACGACGAUGAGCAGCUGCUCGUUCAAAGAAACAGCUCCGCCGCCGCGGCCGCCUCCUUCGUCGCCGGCGCAGAUGACAUACCCCCGAUCACAAACCUCCGUGACUUCUCCAGAGAGUUCUGCGCCGAAUCGGCCAAGCUCUGGUUCCUGGCGGGCCCCGCCAUCUUCACCACCAUCUGCCAAUACUCCCUCGGGGCCGUCACCCAGGUCUUCGCCGGCCAGGUGGGGACCCUCGAGCUCGCCGCCGUCUCCGUCGAGAACUCUGUCAUCGCCGGCUUCUCCCUAGGCACCAUGGUGGACAUGCUAGGAGUCUACCUACAACGCUCGUGGGUCAUACUCCUCGCCACGUCAUCCCUCCUCACCUUGACCUACAUCUUCGCCGCCCCACUUCUCCGCCUGAUCGGCCAGCCCGCGUCCAUCUCACGCGCCGCGGGUACCUUCGCGAUCUGGAUGCUCCCCCAGCUCUUCGCCUACGCGCUCAACUUCCCCAUGGCCAAGUUCCUGCAGGCCCAGAGCAAGAUGGCCGUGAUGGCCGGGAUCGCGACGGCGGCGCUUGUCCUCCACGCCGCCCUCAACUGGGCGCUUUUAGUGGUGAAUCCGCCGUGGGGGCUCGCCGGCGCGGCGGCGCUGCUGGACGGGGCGUGGUGGUUCAUCGUGGCGGCGCAGUUCGUGUACGUGGUCGGCGGGGGGUGCGGGAAGGCGUGGGGCGGGUUCACGUGGAAGGCGUUCCGUAAUUUGUGGGGGUUCGUGAGGUUGUCGCUAGCGUCGGCUGUCAUGGUUUGCUUGGAGAUAUGGUACUUCAUGGUAUUGAUACUAUUUGCUGGCUAUCUCAAGGAUGCUGAAGUAUCUGUGGCUGCUCUGUCCAUCUGGUAUAUAAGUCAUCCGAGAACGGCGAGAUUCUCGCUGGUAGUGGCCGUGGUGUCGUCUUUUAUGGUGGGCGUCGCCCUUGCACUCGUUUUGGUCGUCACUAAAGACCACUACCCGUCUCUGUUUUCCAACGAUCCGGCGGUGAAACGUGUCGUCAAGGAUAUGACUUCGAUGCUGGCUCUCUGCAUCGUCAUUAACAAUGUUCAGCCUGUUCUCUCUGGCGUUGCGAUUGGGGCGGGAUGGCAAGCAGUUGUGGCGUACGUGAAUAUUGGUUGCUACUAUCUGUUCGGAAUUCCGUUGGGCUUGAUUUUAGGCUACCAAUUUGAUAUGGGUGUCAUGCUGAUGAUAGGAAAAACAAGUGGACAUGUCAGGAUUCUACAUGCAAUGCAACGAUCAUAUUCAUGGGUAAUCCUCACAACGACAGCUUUCCUUCUCAGCUUCGUCUACAUUUUCGCCGCACCAUUCCAUGAACGGAUAGGCCAGACGCCGGAGACCUCUAGAGCUGCCGGGACCUCCUCAAUCUACAUGCUCUUGCAUCAGUUCGCCUGCGCGGUCAACUUUCCGAUCGCCAAGUUCCUCCAGUCUCAGAGCAGUGAUAUCGGGUGGCCCGUCGCCAUUGGAGAAGGAUGGCAAGCAGCAGUGGCAUUCGUGAGCGAUCCUUGCUACUACGCAUUUGGGAUUCCCGACGGUCUUAUUGUUGGUUACAGGAUUCACCUGGGUGUCAAGGCCUCUGCUGCAGAAAACAGGAUAAGAAGAUGGUGUGGAGAUGAAGGGAACCAAAGAGAUGAAUGCUUGACAAGAAAUGGAAUCUAG